AUGAACCCUCCGACCGCAGCCCAAGGAGCCAUAGGCGUCACGGCGCCGUCUGAAGGCGGUGGCCGCAGUUCUGACGCGGACGAGGACGUGCUUGACGGGGUCGUAGGUUCUCAAAGUGAGCGUGCCCUGUCCCCGAUCGACAAGGCCAAGGCCAUGCGCAUCAUACCAGACCUGAUACGCCGCCUGCCCAACGACUCGCUCGCUGUCACCUACAUUGGAGGCGUGAAGGUCGACAUGGGCAACGAGCUGGAGCCGCAGACCGCAGCGGAACCACCGCGCGUUGUGAUACUAGGUCAACGCGGCCAUUUCUACACGCUCUGCAUGGUCGACCUGGACGCCCCGUCGGCGUCAAAACCGAAGCACCGCGCCUGGCUGCACUGGCUCGUCGUCAACAUACCGGCGCUGGAGCUGGACGCCGGGCAGGUGUUGGCGGCGUACAGCGCGCCGACGCCAGUGGCGGGUACCGGUUCGCACCGGUUUGCGUUCGUCCAGAUGGAACAGCCGCACCACUUCAAGCCGGGAAACUUCAUCUUCAUACCGAUGCGGGCCGCCUUCAACGUGGCGACCUUUAUGAUCGACAACGGCAUUCGAAAUAUUACGGCAUUCAACUUUUUCCGCAUCGACUCGGACUUCAGGAGUGUGCUGUGA